UGUUUCCAAUCUGAUGAAAAGCUAACAUCGCUGAAAAAUAAUGAAUCUCUAUGUAAAUGGAAUGAAGAUGCCAUUAAAUCAUUGCUAGCAUACUUGAAAGACAAUAAAGAUAAAGUAGUACAACUGAAAAGUCGUGGUAUUAUAGUUAGAGAACCGCUCUAG